AUGAAGUUCUCAGCCCUCACAGCCGCUCUUGCCUCUGUCGCAGCCGCGAUCCCCAUCUCCCAGGUUGCCCAGCGCGCCGACGAUGAUGUCCAGGCCUUUGGCAUCAUGGCUCUGCGCUCGGCCAGCCCCAUCCACUUCGGCCAGUUUGGCGCUGCCCUCAGAAGUGUGUUUAUCAACCUGCCUGCCCAGAAUGCCACCUGCGACGGCGAGGCUCCCACCGGCGCCGUCUUCUACCUCAAGGACGGCGGCCUCUACCUCUACGGAAACACAUUGACCCAGCAACUCUACGCCGACCGCUCCGGAAUGGGCCAGGGCAAGUUUGGUUACAUCACCGGCGACGAGGGCAAGCCUCGCAACGGAGAGCUCACCACCUGGGCCAUCGACGAGAACGACAACCUGAGCCUCAACGGCGCCGGCUGGCUCGCGUGCCCCAACAGCAUCGACGGCGCCUGGAGCGUCUGGGUCAACGCCGGCAACGACAAGCCCGGCUACAACGAGGGCUGCCUGGGCUUCUCCGCCCGCACUGUCCCCCUGGAUGACACUUACGCGGUCAAGUGCGACUACACCAAGGAGCGAUAG